UCGACAAAACCAGGGGAAGCACUUCCGGUUCGGAAGCGCGCGACCUGCGUAGGUACUUCCGCGUUCCCAGUUGGUUCGCUCCUCUCGCCACGCUGCACAGACACCGGCUGCCGCCGACUACUACAUCCGGGCCUCUCGCAGUGAGUCCCCCGCUCUGCUGCUGCCGCCGUCGGGUGCUGAGACCCCUCCCCGCUCCACCGGGGAGAUGCUACUGCGGGGCUUGCUGGGCCCUGGUGCCGCGAUCUCGGGGUUGCGGGGGCUGGUGCUGCUGCUGUGCCUGGGGGGCGCCGUGAGGGCCUCCGAGAUCACGUUCGAGCUGCCCGACAACGCCAAGCAGUGCUUCUACGAGGAGAUCGCGCAGGGCACCAAGUGCACCCUGGAGUUCCAGGUGAUCACUGGAGGGCAUUAUGAUGUUGAUUGUCGGCUGGAAGAUCCUGAUGGCAUUGUGUUGUACAAAGAGAUGAAAAAACAAUAUGAUAGCUUUACCUUCACUGCAUCUAGGAAUGGAACAUACAAAUUCUGCUUCAGCAAUGAAUUUUCUACUUUCACGCACAAAACUGUAUACUUCGACUUCCAGGUUGGAGAAGAUCCACCUCUGUUUCCUAGUGAGAACAGAGUCACUGCACUUACCCAGAUGGAGUCUGCUUGUGUUUCAAUUCAUGAAGCUUUGAAGUCUGUUAUCGAUUAUCAGACUCAUUUCCGCUUGAGAGAAGCACAAGGUCGCAGCAGAGCAGAAGAUCUAAACACCAGAGUAGCCUAUUGGUCAAUAGGAGAAGCCAUCAUUCUUCUAGUAGUUAGUAUUGGGCAGGUAUUUCUCCUCAAAAGCUUCUUCUCCGAUAAAAGAACCACCACAACCCGUGUUGGAUCAUAACCAGUAGUGAAAUGAUGCUUCAGAUCCACUGUACACUGUUCAUCUGUAAACUUACUGUUUUCCAAUUAAUUGUAGAUACAAAAGAACUAAAGAUGGGCAACAGUUUUAAUAUCUUUUUACCCCUUCCCAUUCAUUAAAAAUUACAAAAAGUAGUCAAAGUGAACGGGACAGCUUUUUAUUUGAAAUAUUUGGAAAAGUUGAGAACUUACUAUUUUUUUGUUUGUGUUAAGCAUUCAGUAGUGAUCUGUUUUUCCUUUAUUUGUAGUCACUGAUUAAUCUGUGGUAUGCUUUGAAAAAAACCAAAAUAGUUGAUAUGGAAGACAGUACAUGUGAAAAAUUGAUGAUAUUUUAGAUUUUCAGGCUGAAGGUGUUGGAUUAAAACCAAAAGCAGAUGUGAUGAACUGUAGUCACAAAGCAUUGAACUGCAUUGUUUUGAUUUGCUCUGAAAAAUCCAAUCUAUAUCUUUCUUUGCUGUAAAAUUUGCAAGUUAACACUACAUCAUGGCACAAAUACUGUUCUUCUAUAGCAUGGUAAGUCUCCACUUUUCACACUUGUUAAGUUUUAUUUUUAAACAACUUUGUUUAAAAAAAUACAUUCUUCCUGUAUUACAGUAUAAUGAAUUUCCUGUUUCACAAUAUUGUUUUUUAUUGAACAAAUUGUAAACCGAGACUACUCAGGAAAUCAAUUUUCUAUACUCUAUAAAAAUCAAUUUCCAAGGCUCUUUUUUAAUGCAAUAAAAUAGGGAGAAUCCUGCAACUCUGUCACUGAAGUUGUGUAGUCUCUGUAGUCAUAUGUGCUGCUGUGGCUCUUCAAAAUUAGGACAACAGUGGUAAACUGUCUUGUUAGGUAGCCCAGCACUGAUACUGGACAUGGUUGUGUGACAUCUGUGUGAGGCACAUACAAAGCUUUCUAGUAAUUAUUAUCAAGUCCAAUUUGUUAUUUAUACUGCAUUGUAUCUCCACGGUUGUGACGCAUUGGUACAUUGUUGCCUUGUGCAUCUAACUGCCACUUCUGGUUUGCUAGUGGUCAUGCAAUGUUUUUAAAACUUUCAGGGUGUCUUUUGGUAGGUUUGCAGUCUACAUUGUUAUUAUUGCUCAUGUCUUUAAUAGAUGCUGUAUUGUGUACUCUGGAAAGUCUUGUUUUAUUAGAACGUGGAAGUUGGCAAACGUACAUAAAUUGUUUGUAUUCAAAAUAAGGUUAAGCUAGUACAGAUGAGUCAGGAAGGACUACGGUAAUCUUACCAAUUCUCAAGUGCACAGGAGAAACAACUACUAAUCUAAAGACACAAGAAAAUGUAGGGCUUUUCACUGAUUUUCUU